AACUUGAGCUGGCGUGGAGAUGCUGGCCUCUGGGGCCGACCUGGGCUCUGCUGCUUGAGGUCCGGCGGGGAGAAUGGCAGCGGUGAGGUUGCUGCUAGGGACUGGAAUGACUUAUGAGGCACUUGCAUGUUUAACUGAAACUUCUUUUUGUCUUCUGGUUUCAUUUAUAGCAAGAAUGUCAGAAUUGACAAGAUUCAGUUCCUCAGUACAAGCCUUUAUCUACCUGUGGAAACAUCUUUUACCGUAGACUGAUUUACAGUCUCCGCAACGAAGUACCUUCAUUGUAAUAAAAAGAAAGAACUUCAGGGAUUGUAAAACAGUUUGAAAAUGGAAUCAGUUUCAGAGCUAAAUGAGGAAUUAGAUUCUGUCACCAGUGAGCUACAAGCAAUAGAAAUUCAGAUACAAGAACUUCUGGAAAGACAACAAGAACUUAUUAAGAAAAAAACUGCCCUAAAGAAGAAAAUAAAGGAGUCUCUAGAAGAUUCAGAUGCUGGCACAAGCUCAGAAUUGGAUUCUUCACCUGAGGGCUGGAAUAAACAAGAUUUUCCGUGGUCUGGGAAAGUUAAAGAUGCCUUGCAGAAUGUCUUUAAACUGCAAAAGUUUAGGACUCUACAGCUUGAAACUAUUAAUGUGACAAUGGCUGGAAGGGAAAUAUUUCUUGUGAUGCCUACUGGGGGUGGAAAGAGCUUGUGUUACCAGUUGCCGGCAGUAUGUUCUGAUGGUUUCACACUUGUGAUCUGCCCUUUGAUUUCUCUUAUGGAAGAUCAGUUAAUGGUUUUAGAACAAUUGGGAGUUUCAGCUACUUUGCUAAAUGCUUCCAGCACUAAGGAACACGUGAAAUGGGUUCAUGCUGAAAUGGUAAAUAAAAACUCUAAGCUAAAGCUCAUUUAUGUUACCCCAGAGAAAAUUGCUAAAAGCAAAAUGUUUAUGUCAAGGCUGGAGAAAGCCUAUGAAGCAGGAAGAUUUACUAGAAUUGCUGUGGAUGAAGUUCAUUGCUGUAGUCAAUGGGGACAUGAUUUCAGACCUGAUUAUAAGGCACUUGGUAUUUUAAAGCGGCAGUUCCCCAAUACAUCACUAAUUGGUUUGACAGCAACUGCUACCAGUCACGUUUUGAAGGAUGCUCAAAAAAUUUUAUGUGUUGAGAAGUGCUUUACAUUUACUGCAUCUUUUAAUCGGCCAAAUCUUUAUUAUGAGGUUCGUCAGAAGCCCUCAAACACUGAGGAUUUCAUCGAGGACAUUGUGAAGCUCAUUAAUGGGAGAUACAAAGGACAGUCUGGGAUCAUAUAUUGUUUUUCCCAAAAGGACUCUGAACAAGUCACAGUUAGUUUACAGAAACUGGGAAUUCAAGCAGGUGCUUACCAUGCAAAUAUGGAAUCAAAAGACAAGACUGAAGUUCAUAAAAAAUGGUCAACAAAUAAAAUUCAGGUAGUAGUGGCAACAGUUGCAUUUGGAAUGGGAAUUGAUAAGCCAGAUGUGAGAUUUGUUAUUCAUCAUUCAAUGAGCAAGUCUAUGGAGAAUUAUUACCAAGAGAGUGGACGUGCAGGUCGAGAUGACCUGAAAGCUGACUGUAUUUUAUACUCUGGUUUUGGAGACAUAUUCAGAAUAAGUUCAAUGGUGGUAAUGGAAAAUGUAGGUCAACAAAAACUUUAUGAAAUGGUGUCAUACUGCCAUAAUAUACACAAAUGUCGUCGUAUGCUGAUAGCUCAACAUUUUGAUGAAGUGUGGAAUUCAGCAGCUUGCAACAAAAUGUGUGAUAACUGCUGUAAAGACAUUUCAUUUGAAAAGAAGAAUGUAACUGAGUAUUGCAGAGAUUUAAUCAAGAUAUUGAAACAAGCUGAAAAACUAAAUGAAAAGCUAACACCAUUGAAACUUUUUGAUGCCUGGAUGGGAAAGGGUGUAGCAAAAUUGAGAGUAUCUGAUGUUGUUUCCCCUAAACUUCCACGUGAUGAAUUGGAGAAAAUUAUUGCUCACUUCAUCCUACAACAAUAUCUUAAAGAAGACUUCAGUUUUACAGCAUAUGCUACUAUUUCAUAUUUGAAAGUAGGCCCUAAAGCUCAUCUUCUGAACAAUGAGGAACAUAUAAUUACCAUGAAAGUAAAGAAAGACAUGAAGGGUUCUUUCAAGGUUGAAUUGCCUCAGGUUUCUAAUUCUGAAGCAGAAAGAAAGAUAGAAGAAAAAUAUUUGGGUAACUUCCAGAAUACGGAUGUAAAGAAGCGUGGAAGUGUGCUUAAACAGCCUCAUUCAGAGGGUACGAAGACAAAGAAAAGGAAGCUGGAUAACUCAGUCAUUGACUAAAUUUUCCAAAAGAAGCAAAUAUGUACUCACCUCAACAAAAGAUUAAUUUUUGAAUUGUUUCCUUUUAUGUACAUGGAACUACAUUUUCAGAAUCUUAAGCAGUUUUUGGAUGAACAGUUUUUAUACUUUUUGAAAUAUUUCUGAUUUAAGAUUACGAACCACUUGAUUUAGAAAACAGAAAACUAUCCAAUAAAAUGAAAUACCAAAAAAAGUAAAAUUUUUAGAACAUCAUUGAAUGUUCUGAAUAUAUAAGAUUUACUGAACUGCCAUAGCUGGUACUAUUAUUAUACAGCCUAUAUUCUUCAUAACACACUAUAGGUGGAUUAAAAUCAGUGUAGUGGCAGAAAAUGCACUGGCUUUGGAGUCAGAGAACCUGGACACAAAUGCCACCUCUUUUGCUGACUACCUGUAUGAGCUUGAGCAAGUCAUUUAAACUUCCACUAGUCUCUCACUUCCCCCAUCUGUAAAAUGAAGGGAGGUUCAACCAGAUUAGUGGCGUCAUGCUCAAACAGAAAUAGGGGCCACUAAACUGUAUAUAAAGAUAUCUGAAGGUACAUAUUGACUUAGAAAACCACCUAUUAACAUUAUG